AUGGCAUCUCUACAACGCCUUGCGAUCCAGCGUAGCCCAGCCUACAAGCCCGCUGGAGUCAAGAGCUACGUCUACGCCAUGACAAAGUAUGGCUUCCACCCUACAAAACCCGGCCCAUACUUCCAAGCCAAGGUCAUGUCGCAGCAAGGCAAGUUCGGCCGAAUCGGCGGCCGCAUGCGAUCACGCUACGUUCUCAAGAAGCGCAACGAAGCAUCGGCACCAGGUGGUGCGCAAAGCAAAGUCGCAGCCCCAAGCGACGGCACUCCAACUGAAGGUGAAGUACCGGCCGAAGACAUCCAGAACGACUCUUUGUAUCUCUGCGAAGUCGGCGUUGGAACACCCGAACAGAAGAUCUACCUCGAUUUCGAUACUGGAUCUUCGGAUCUUUGGGUCUGGUCCACCGAACUUCCCAAGAACAUCCUCAGUUCAGCAGAUGCGUCGAAGCAGCAGGUCGCUUUCGACCCCUCAAAGUCAAGCACAUUCAAGAAACUCGACGGCGAGACAUGGAAGAUCUCGUACGGAGACUCUUCUUCCGCAAGCGGUGACGUCGGUACUGAUGUCGUAAACCUGGGUGGUCUCAAAGUUGAAAACCAAGCUGUAGAGCUCGCAAAGGAGCUUUCCCAGCAAUUUGCCGAAGGCAAUGGAAGUGGACUCCUUGGUCUGGCCUUCAGUUCCAUCAACACUGUUUCCCCAACCCCGCAGAAGACGCCCGUCGACAAUAUCAUCGCACAGAAGAGCGCUAAGGAGCAGCUUUUCACCGCGUACCUUGGUAGCUGGCGCGACACGAACGAGGCUGAUAAAGGAGAAAGUUUCUACACCUUCGGUUUCAUCGACCAAGACGUCAUGACCGCCUCCGGUGCGUCCGAGCCCAACUAUGCCGAUGUCGAUAACAGCCAAGGUUUCUGGCAGAUCAAAUCCACAUCCGCCACCAUCAACGGACAAACUGUCUCCCGCUCCAACAACACCUCCAUCAUGGACACCGGCACCACCCUCUGCCUCGUCUCCGACGCCCUCGUCGACGCCGUCUACAAAGCCAUCCCAGGCGCCAAAUACGACCAGAGCAACCAGGGUUAUGUCUUCCCCACGUCCACCUCCGCGGACGACUUGCCUGAUAUCAAGCUCGCCAUUGGAGAUACCCUGGUGACAUUCCAGAAAGAGGACUUGGGCUUCGCUGAUGCUGGAAACGGUAUGGUGUAUGGAAGUAUCCAGAGUAGGGGGUCUAUGGAUAUGGAUAUUUAUGGUGAUGCUGUGCUGAAGGCUAUGUAUGCUAUUUUCGAUAUGAACAAUGGGAGCCCGAGGUUUGGGUGGGUGCAGAGGAAGGAGAAGACUCAGAACACGGAUGCGCCGCCUUCGUAG